GCGCAGUCCGGAAGAGACGCCGCGCAGGCACGCCCCUUCCUUUCCAGCCUCCGUCCCGGACCCUGCAGCCGCCGCGAUGUUGAUGCCCAAGAAGAACCGGAUUGCCAUCUAUGAGCUCCUUUUUAAGGAAGGAGUGAUGGUUGCCAAGAAGGAUGUCCAUAUGCCCAAACACCCCGAGCUGGCAGACAAGAACGUGCCCAACCUUCAUGUCAUGAAGGCCAUGCAGUCUCUGAAGUCUCGAGGCUAUGUGAAGGAGCAGUUUGCCUGGAGACACUUCUAUUGGUACCUUACGAAUGAGGGCAUCCAGUAUCUCCGCGAUUAUCUCCACCUACCUCCGGAGAUCGUGCCUGCCACCCUGCGCCGCAGCCGUCCCGAAACUGGCAGGCCUCGGCCCAAAGGGCCAGAGGGUGAGCGCCCGGCAAGAUUCACAAGAGGGGAGGCGGACAGAGACACCUACAGAAGGAGUGCUGUGCCCCCUGGUGCUGACAAGAAAGCCGAGGCCGGGGCUGGCUCAGCCACCGAGUUCCAGUUUAGAGGAGGCUUUGGUCGUGGACGUGGUCAGCCACCACAGUGAGCUUGAAGACUGUUGUUUGCAAUAAACUUUAAAGAAAAGUGUCCACUC